AUUGCAAUAGUUUUUUUUGUUGUUGUAAAGCGGAAUGUUCUAAAGUCAAUAAUGCAGAUCCAAUCGCUUGAGUGAUAUAAUUGUACUAGAGUAGAAGCAAGUGAAACCCCUCAUUGAUAAUGCUUUACUCAACCAUCCAUUCAUCCAUCUUUAUAUUCCCACAACAUGAUACGACAACGUAACACACUCAUUCUCUAUAUAUAUACCAAAUAAAAUAGCCUUUUAACACCUACACUCUUUCACAAUUACAAAGAAAAACAAAUGGAUCUCUCUCAUCUCUUGUUCUUCUCCUUCUUACUUCUCCUUGUCUUCCAAGUAAAGUCAACGGAUGAUAUGAUCGAAGAAACCUGCAAAACAUGUGCAUCCAAAUCUACGAUCUUCGAUUACAACUUCUGCAUGUCCUCUCUUAACAACUCUCCAAUAUCUCCUCCUCCACUUCUUCCGACCGAUCUUUCUUUUCUUGCCCUAACUCCAAUGCUCCAAGCUCUCGACAACGCGACCGCAACAGCUUCCACUAUUCAACAACUAAUGAGUGAGGGAGGAGGAUUCGAAGACGACGUUUACGGCCGUGCUUGCCUUCGUGACUGCCUCGAGCUUUACGAAGACGCGGCGGGGAGACUGGAAGAAGCCGUGAGGGUUUUUGUUGCGAGGGGAGAGAUAGAGACUGUAAAGAUGAUGGUCACCGCCGCCAUGGAAGCCGCCACGACGUGCGAGACUGGUUUUAUGGAGAGAGACGGCGGGGACGGUGGGGGUGGUGCGAUGACGUGGACGUCUCCGAUUGGCGGUGGGAAUUAUAAGUUGUUUGAGUUGGGUGAGAUUGCUCUUUGUAUCAUCAACAUGAUCUCUCCUGUGACAUCCAUGUCUUUGUGAUUAGUUGCAUUUUUCAGUUUAUUUUUCUUCAAGUAAAUGAUAUGUACUAAUAGUAUGUUUGUAAAUGCAUAGUUACGAUCUAAAGAUUUUAGGGAUUGUUUGUUUUACGUAAAUUUUUGUUUCAACAUAUAGAAAACAUUGGAUAGACAUAAUUUCCUUCGAUGUAUUAUGUUAAUUACACAAGAAUUUGGACAUGUAAGUUUGUAUAUUUUUAUCUGAAAAAAAACAGAGUAUUGAUA